UGUCUGUGGAUUUUAUUUCUAACCUCACUAUACUACCUCACAACAAUUUUGAAUUUUUGGUUCAUGACUUUUUUUACAUUCUUUCUUGAAUUUGAAUGUCACUUCUUAUGGUUCUUGAGAUAUUUCAAAAAAUGAAAGUGUGUUAAUUUGAAAGCUGGUUAACUCAAUUUUCUGAAAAUAAAAACCAGUGUUCCUUACAUGUACAUGAUGUUUUAAACUUUUAGAUAUGAAUACCCAUACAAAUAGUAAUGAAUCUGAUGAUUCUGGCAAACCGAAAAAGUAUGAAUUCAUACCUCUGGAUCUCGAUCUGGAAAUGGAAUUGGCCAUGAAUGAGCCAUUACCGGAAGUUAUGCCUAUGGAUGAGGAUGAAGAAUUGGAAAGUGAUAUUAAAGAAUUAGCAAAUAUCAAGGAGGAUUCAGAAGAUGGGGCUUCGGUAAACAAUACUCCAAUAACAGAAGCAGCCACUGGAAAUAUUUUAGAUGAAACUCUUGGAUGCUAUUCUAUUGAAACACCUACUAAAAGUCAAGUAAUUUAUACAAGUCUACCUAGUGAAACUUCAAAAAAAAUUGAGAACAAAAGACUCGCAGAACAUUUAAAUUCUGGCAUUGGAAAACUGUCCCUGUAUACGCCAGUGAAAACUGGCAAAAUAGAAACACUGACUCUCCACCCAAAAUCAUCUCUUCAGUUAGCUUCUAAAGAAACAAACAGAUCUGAAACUCCUAUUAAUCACCUGAAAAUCAACUUAGUACCUACUAACAAUUCUCAAAGAAAGACAGGGAUGUUUAGGACACCCAUACAUCCUCCAAGUUUAAUUAAACCAAGGGAACCAGCUUCAACUUCAAAGAUUCCUCAAAGACAGGUUGAGACAAAAUUUUCUAAAGUGGUAGUAAGAGGAAUAUCUUAUGUUAUUCUAAAACUACUUGGGAGAGGUGGUAGUUCAGAGGUUUAUCAAUGCUUCGAUUUGGUCAAAAAAGUGAAUAGAGCAGUUAAAUGUGUCAAUCUUGAUACAACAUCUCGUGAAAGCUUUUUGAAAGAAAUCGAUUGUCUCAAUCGAUUACAACGUUUUGAUCGUAUUAUUAAGCUAUAUGAUUAUGAACAUUUGGUGAAAGAAAAGAAACUUUAUGUUGUUAUGGAGAUGGGUAGUGCGGACUUAUCCCAAAUCUUGAGAGAUUUAUCAUCGAAUAAUAAGGAAAUGUCUCCACCUUACUUGAUUCUUUUUUAUUGGAUGGAAAUGUUACGUGCUGUUCAUCAAAUACAUACAGAUGGUAUUAUACAUUCUGACUUGAAACCAGCUAAUUUUUUGAUGGUGGAUGGUAAACUGAAAUUGAUUGAUUUUGGCAUUGCAAGCUCACUUUCGAAUGAUAGCACAAGUGUUAUCAAAAAUGUUUCAGAAGGAUCCAGUAAUUAUAUAAGCCCUGAAGCUUUGAAUUGCGAAUAUAGUGCAAGUGACUCAAGCCCAAACUAUGGAAAACCGAAAUAUAAAAUCAGUGUCAAAUCGGAUGUUUGGUCAUUAGGAUGUAUACUUUAUCAGCUUGUUUACAAAAAAACACCAUUCCAACAUAUCACACACCCAAUGAAGAAAUUGAUGGCCAUAGCAAAUCCUUCGAUUGCCAUAGAAUACCCCCAGGAUUAUAAAGUACCUAACAAAUUCAUAGCAACGAUAAAAAAAUGCCUUAUUUUCGACGCAAAAUCUAGAGCCACAGUUGAUGAAUUGAUUGCAGAAUACCAACACUUCGAUGUUUAACUCAUAUUUAUUAAGUAAAAUAUUCCAUAUUUUUUUAAAGAAAUUUGUAAAUAAAGAACAAUUAAUUUGAUAUAAA